AGGACAGCGUCACGGAUUUGUGCUCUAUUCAAAAAAGAUAAGCUUAUCGGAUAAGCCAUUGCGAGCGACCCCCGUCACGCCCCAAAAUCGGAUAAGCGUUUUACUUUGACAAAACCAAUAUUAGAACCAUCAAAAAGUUAGUCAGGGUCAUAAUUCGAAGCUGAGAACGUUAUACUACUUUGACAAGAUGCCUAAGGCCUUUUUAGUGAGGAAGUAUCGCCAGUUCGUGGCUGGACCACUCCGUCCCGCAGAAGAUGCUGUGUCACCUAUGAUGCUGAGAGAGGCCGAAGAGAUAACACCAGCAUCAUCACCCAGAUCAGUGUCAUCAGAAAACGAAAAAGAUGUAGAUAUCGAUGUAGAAAUCGAUAUGGAGAAUUCGGAUGAAGCCAUCAACCUAUGCCUCUCAGACCGAGCCUCAAGCACCGGCGCCAGAUCCCCUAUCAGCACCAGUACCGGCCGAUCACCGUCACCCGUAUCGCCAAUAUCACCAUCAGCGCCUGCCCCAAAGCGAGCCAGACUCAUCCAUCACGAGAACUCUGCCUUCGAAUCCUGCCAUCAACCUGUAUUUCCUAGUCUCUGCCAUCCUUCCCAGAAUGCCUUUAUGCCAUCGUUUCCGGUCCGCCAUGUUUCAAUCCCAGAUGCCUCGAUUUCGCCGCUACCCGGCUACAGGCCAGAUCAGCUCUUCCGGGAUCCGUUUGCGGGACUUCGUCAUGCUUACCACUUCCCCAGUAAGCCGGUCAAGCAAUGUGCCCCGACUCCAAUACAGCUUAUACGGACGCCUCUACCACAGCCCGUCAUCAACAACAUCGAACUGGUAAACGGCGGUUUCGGUGUCAAAAAUCCAUUACUCUCAAACUCAAAAUAUCGAAAAGAAGUAUCAGUGCAAGAAUUAGGUAUGCAAACAGAAGACAAUAAAUUCGUGUGCCGGGUCUGUCACAAGGUCUUCCCCCUCCAACGGCUGCUGAACAGACACAUUAAAUGCCACAGUGACAUCAAGAGAUACCUUUGUACGUUCUGCGGGAAAGGCUUCAAUGAUACCUUUGACUUGAAGCGACAUACACGGACACACACAGGUGUUCGCCCCUACAAAUGUAGCUUGUGCAGCAAAGCCUUCACCCAGCGAUGCUCCCUCGAAUCACACGGCAGGAAAGUCCACGGCAUGGAGUUCGAAUACGCCUACAAGGAACGAAGAGACAAGGUCUACGUUUGUGAAGAUUGUGGUCAUACCACGUGCGAGCCAGAACUACAUUACGUCCAUCUGAAAGAAAACCAUCCACUCAGUCCAGCUUUACUCAAGUGCUACGAUAAACGUCAGUUUAAAUUCAAAGCCGACCAGGUUCCCUUGAUCAAGACCGAGGGUUGAACUUCGUCGUGUGUGACAAUCUUAUGACAAUUUGAUGGUAUGGAGUUACCACGUAACUUUGCUAAAUCGGUGUGGUACCGUUAUCAUGAUACUUCUGUACGAUCAAAACGGAUUCAUAUUAAGUCAUCAUCAGUCUUUCUACUGACGAGUACUUGGAGUAUUGAGAUACAGUUUCCGUCAGUAUAUCUUGGGACAAAUUUCUGUCA